AGGCCGCGCUGAGCUCCUUCCGGCCAGUAGGAAUCGGAAGUGGAGUUGAAGCUUCCCAUGAUGCUCCGCGCGUCGUCUCUUCUAACCGCAGGGCGACUAAGCAGGCAGUAGCUAUGGCUGCGCCCGGAUCAGAGGAUCUGUCUGCUGCGGCCGCCCCCGAUUUGGAUUGGUAUGAGAAGUCGGAAGAAACUCACGCUCCUCAAGUAGAUCCUGAGACCGUCAUCACGUCAGUUCAGGAAGCUUCGGAGCCCUUUUGCCCAAGAGACUUGGUGCCGGUGGUGUUCCCCGGGCCGGUGAGCCAGGAAGGCUGCUGUCAGUUUACUUGUGAACUUCUAAAGCAUAUCAUGUACCAACGCCAACAGCUACCUCUACCCUAUGAACAGCUUAAGCACUUCUACCGAAAAUCUCCUCCCCAGGUUCGUGCGGGCUUUGGGAGAAAAUGGGUGGGAAGACUGUGGUUCUUAGACAGCAGAAAAGUGAGCUAAGAACUCCUCCGCUUCCGAGGAAGCCUAGGUCUUUGCGAAGGCUUUCUUUUCUCGUUUUUCCCCACUUGGGCCUUGGUUUUCUCUCUCCUUGUUCUCUUACUGAGACUCGUCCUAUUAUGUGUUGUAUGAGGACGUCAUGAGUUCUCUAAAUUGUAUAUAUUUUUUGAAACAAGAUUUCACUGUGUAGUUCAGGCCAGAGAUCUGUCUGCCUCAACUUCCCCAGUUGACUGCUGGGGCUAAGGUGUGCGUCACCAUACCUGGCCUAUCCUUAAUUCUCUGUCUCCUCUCUCCUCCCCUCCCCUCCUCUUCUCUCUCCCCUCCACUCUUGAGAAUCCAAGGCCCCUCACAUGCUAGACAAGAGUUGUAUUACUAAGCUAUAGCCCCAGACCUGAACUGGCUGUUUACAUUUGAAUUUCUUUUUCUCACAUUUUCACCCGUUCCUGGUUUUAUUUUAAUAUAUUUUCUUGGGAGGAUUUCUAGACUUUAGAGUCUAACAAUUUUUUAUUCUUAAUCAGUUUGGGAUCUUUGGGGGGGGGCUUAGAGUUUUGUUUUGAUUUUAAUGGUCUUGCGAUGUUGUCCAGUGUGGUUUUGAAUGUGUGAACUUUAAAGUUUUUACAUUUAUUUUUUUAGUGUGUGUGGGGAGUGGGGAGCAGGCACCACAUGCAGGUGUGGACGACA